AUGGCGUCCAGGCUUUCCCUCCUGGAAGAGGAGCUCUCCUGUCCUGUGUGCUCUGACAUCUUCAGGGAUCCUGUUGUUCUGAAGUGCAGCCACAGCUUCUGUAAAGCCUGUCUGCAGCAGUACUGGGAGCAGAAGGGAUCUCGGGAAUGUCCAGUUUGCAGGAGAAAGUCUUCUAUGGAUGAUCCUCCACUAAGUCUGGCUCUGAGGAACACCUGUGAGGCGUUCUUAAAGGAGAGAAGUCAGAGAGCUGCAGCAGGACCUGAAGAGCUCUGCAGUCUGCACAGAGAGAAACUCAAGCUCUUCUGUUUGGAUGAUCAAAUACCUGUUUGUGUUAUCUGCCAAACUUCAAGAAAACAUGAAAAUCAUAAACUACGACCAGUUCAGGAAGCAGCAGAAGAACAUAAGGAGAAACUCAGGACUGCACUGACACCGCUGAAGAAAAAGCUGAGAGCCUUUAAUAAAGUGAAACUGAUCUGUGAUCAAACACUGGAGCACAUCAAGAGCCAAAGGCAGCACACAGAGAGGCAGAUAAAGAUGGAGUUUGAGAAACUUCAGCAGUUCCUGAAAGAUGAAGAGGCAGCCAGGAUAGCAGCACUGAGGGAGGAAGAGGAGCAGAAGAGUCAGAGGAUGAAGGAGAAGAUUGAGAAGAUGACACAGGAGAUACCCUCCCUUUCAGAGCAAAUCAGAGCCAUAGAGCAGGAGCUGGGAGCUGAAGAUGUUUCGUUCCUGCAGAGCUACAAGGACACUGUGAAAAGAGCCCAGUGCACACUGCAGGAUCCAGAGCAGGUGUCAGGAGCGCUGAUUGAUGUGGCCAAGCACCUGGGCAAUCUGAAGUACAGAGUGUGGGAGAAGAUGCUGGGGACUGUUCAAUACACUCCUGUGAUCCUGGAUCCAAACACAGCAGAUCCCCAUCUGUCACUGUCUGAGGAUCUGACCAGUGUGACACACAGUGCUGAGAAUAAGCAGCUUCCUGAUAACCCAGAGAGGUUUGAUAGGUGGUGGGCUGUGCUGGGCUCUGAGGGAUUCAGCUCAGGGAAACACUGCUGGGAUGUUGAAGUGGGGGCUGGACGUUACUGGAUACUGGGUGUGGUCAAAGAGUCCUUCAAGAGGAAAGGAGGGAUCCCUCUGCACGCAGCAGGAGGAGUUUGGUGUAUAUGGCAGUGUAAUGGGACAUACACAGCCCUGAACUCACCACCUACACCCCUCGCUGUGAAAAGGAAACCCCAGAGGAUCAGAGUGCAGCUGGACUGGGACAGGGGGGAGGUGUCAUUCUCUGACCCCAGGGACAACACUCCUCUCUACACUUUUACACACUCAUUCAAGGAGAGGCUGUUUCCACUCUUUCUCCAAUCCAAUUUGUUUAGACUUCAUCUGAAAAUCUGCCCUCUGAAUGUGUCAGUGAAACAGCUGAACAGUAAUAUGUGUUGAGACCUAAGAUCAGAUGAAUCAGUGCAAUCUGGUGUGUGACAGAAAACAAUGUCUGAGGGAAUACUCACUUUCAACCAAAUCAACUUCUUUCUUUGGUAAAAAUUUAUAGAGUAGACCAAAAUUCAGUCAUAAAAAGGCAGCGUGCUCAUAUAUACUUUGCAUUUCAGUUGUGUUUACCACUACCAGGGCUGGCCUAAUUUGUGAGGUCUUUGUCAUUUUUUGCAGAAUCCUCCCUGAAGCUCUGAAGCCUUUUAUCGAAAACCUUGAUUUGUAUGCAGAUGGUGUAUUAUAGGACAGUGCAAUUACUCCAGUGUUUUGGUCUUUUUAGGAAUGUAAAAUGUAAUAUGUUAGAGCUGGGAUUACUAUGAGAUUGCAAUGGAAGAGAGCACAUAGUUGACUUGGAAAUGAUCCAUCUUAAAAUGAAGUAAAUUUCAGUAGCAACAUUCAUGAUGGACACUAGAGGGCACCAA